AUGGCUUAUCUAUCCCAAUCUAAUGGAUCCGCAGAGCGUAUGGACCAGACGGCCACCAGGGUUCUUAAGAUGUAUGUGCAGGAUCGGGAUCAACGUGAUUGGGAUGAAUACGCCGAGCGGUCACCUUCGCGAUCAACCCCGCAAGGGAUCGGGUCCGAGGUGAAACCCCUUUCUACAUGGUACAUGGGAGCACUCGUAGGCACGAUCGAGAUCCGAGAAGGUGGCGAUAUCGGAUGCAAAAGUAGUACCAGCAAGCCUGAGAACAAGUGA